AUGCUUCAAAUCAUCAACCAGGCUGGUCCACCGAGAUUGGACACGCAUUUGAGACGAGGGCACUCUAUUCUGAGCGAUAGUCUCUUCACAACUGCACUGCUCUCACGAAUCAACGACAUAUAUGAGAAAAUCAAAGAAAAUUGGGAGAUGAUUCAUAGAAUGAACGUUCUGAUUCGUCUUGCUUUGAGAGGCUUUGCGCUCUCUCCGUCCGAGGAGAUUCGGGCAAUGUACUUUGACUGCUUGAAAGUCCUUCGCCAGACGGUAUUUCACUGGGUGGAAGUCGUCAAAAACAAAGCAAGUGAGGCAGUUGAUGUUCAUCACAAGUCGUACCUGAUUGAAAAGUCAGUCCACCUUUCGUUACACGAUCGUCUGCAACGGCCGAGGCUCCCUGCUCAUCAAGCCAGGAUCAUCGCCCAUAUACUUCUGUAUCGCUGGGAGAUUCUCAGCUAUCGCAGUUACGCUAUCCUAGCCGACUGCAUUGCUCACGAACAAAACCCCGGAAUGGACUGGGCGAUGCAGGAAGCUUGGGCAGCAUACCACCCGGGCGCACAGUGGUCUAAAUUGCCCGAGGAAGCAGGCUAUUGGCUCUUCUGCAGAUUUGCAGCUCAAUCUACCCCGGACACGGAGGUGUUAGUACACUAUAAUCUGUUGGGCGGAGAACUUCUUAUGGACGGUCUUCCACUUGCUCGUCUGCCUUCAGAUUUUGAGUCCAACGAGACAUACCAUAUCCUGUUCGGAAAGUCUCAGCUGGAGGUAAUGCCCAGUAACUUGCCGGGAAUGCAGUUUUCUUGCCAAAGGCAAUAUCUGAACCAUACUGUGCACCUAGGAAAAGAACCGGUUCCAGGGUCCAGCAACUGCGAGUUGGUGAAAGCGGUGAGAGACAAUCGUAUUUGGGAAUUUGUCCCACCCAGACUCUUGAGUGGUCUAUUCCCAGACUCCUUCGUCGAGGACUACGCACAUUGGUACUCUGUCGAGGAUGGCUAUGUGGAAUUUAGAUCCAUAGAAACCCCUUAG